AAAAAAAAAAAAAGAGGUUUAGUUUCUAAGCCAAUUUUACAUUCUGAAAUGAACAGUAGGUGCCAAGUGGAUCUCAUUGAUUUUCAGACUCAACCUGAUGGAAAGUUUAAAUUUAUCAUGGUCUACCAAGACCACUUGACCAAGUUUAUUUUGCUUCGUGCUUUGGAAUCUAAACGAGCUGAAGAAGUAGCCUACCAUUUGAAUGAUAUAUUUUUGACAAUAGGUGUCCCGUGUAUUUUGCAGUCAGACAAUGGAAGAGAAUUCGUCAAUCGUAUUAUAUGUGAAAUGACGAGUCUUUGGCCAGAACUUAAGCUAGUGCAUGGAAAACCACGGCACAGCCAAAGUCAGGGCUCUGUCGAGAGAGCCAACCAAGACGUCGAGAACAUGAUCAGUUGUUGGCUAAAAGAUAAUCACUCGACUAAAUGGUCAGAAGGAUUGAGAUAUGUACAAUUUAUGAAAAAUAGGGCCUAUCAUUCGGGCAUAAAACAAUCGCCUUACAAAGCUAUGUUUGGAGUUGAACCCAGAGUUGGUCUUUCAACGACAUCACUACCACCAGAAAUAAUAAAGGAUAUUCAAGAUGAAGAUGACGUUCAAAAACUUAUUGAAACUGAUUUAACCCAUAGACAUACAAAUGAUCACAAUAAUUCAGGAGAUGAUAGUGAUUGUAAUGAUAUCGAAACUUCUAAAAUUGGUGAUGAUAUCCAAAAGGCAAGACAAACAGCUGCUGAAAACCUUCAGAAACAGGCAAAAAAAAUGAAAUCUGCUUCUGACAAAUCGCAUCCACCAGCUAAAGUGGGAGAUAAUGUGACUGUGCCGAUUCCUGAUGUAGACAGAGGAAGGGGCGACCUAAGAAAUGUUAUUGGCGUUGUUCUUGAAAUAAACAAUGAUGGCCUGUACAAAAUUGGAACUAAGCAUGGAAUAUUGCAGACACUCUAUUGCAGAACUGAAUUCGACAUUUGUACUCAAAAAUUUCUACAAGAAAGUGAUGUUAAUCAAGAUGUUCAAAUCUCACUAAGGACUGCAGCUACCAAACAUUCAGUUGGGACAGGACAAGGUUUUAUACGGUGCACCUGUACCAAAAAUUGUGCUACAAAUAGGUGCCAGUGUAAAAAAAAA